CCUUAGAUCCCCCUUAACAUGACCUGGGGUCGGGGAUAUGAAUACGCCGAUAAGCCAUAUUGAUCCAUGUGCAUCCUCAGCUAUACUGCUAUAAAAAAGGAUCGUUUGGCUCUCCAAAUAAUCACAACACAACAAAAGCUUUAAUUCAUAGCUAUCAAUCUUUUUCAAACACUUCAAAAUGAUGUUCCGAUACUCCACAUUAGUCGCUGUUGCCCUAUUCAGCACUCUGGCUACUGCACAGCCAGAAGCCGGUGGUGGCCCAGAAGGAGGUGAGGGCAUGGGCUUGGGCGAUAUGGAAGGGGAUUCUACAUCAUCGGUGAGUUCUACCGAGUGCACGAUAACGGAUGGCGAGACUUGUAGUCAAGAUGGAAGUAGUAACGAGUUUUAUGGUACUUUGACAUAUGAUGAAGAUACUGGCCUGUACAAUGGCACGGUCAUUUUUAAUCAGUGCCCCAACAGUAACCCGAAUGGUCGUGAAGACGAUGGUGUCGACUACAUUAUCUCUGCUUCAAGCGACUGUCAAGAAAUGACAUUCCCCGUUGAUGGAUACAACACCACGGGACCAUGGGCUGCUCCUUUGAGAAAUCGACUCGGCAUCAGCUUGCACGGUGUGAAUAUCUAUGGCCCAAUGGAGGCUGGGUUUGUUGAAGGAUUCGUCUGCAAUGGAACAUGCGACGGUGGCGUUGACGUGCCUGCCUGUGACGCGACUCUUGAAUACCAGUGUGGUGCUGAGAACGUCGAUUACGCAUACCUACUAGAUCCGUGCAAUGGACAUGCCCUGCCAUACCAUUAUCAUGCCGACCUCAGCUGUGAGUACGAUCAGAACGCACUGGGACAUUCAGCAUUGAUUGGUUAUGCUCUUGACGGCCGUGGUAUUUAUGGGCUAAAUGAGGACAACGUAGAUGGCGAGGCUGUGCAGCCCACUGACCUCGACUUCUGCGGCGGUCACUAUGGUGCUAUAGAGGAGGGCGGGCCUGAGGUAUAUCACUACCACACACAGACCACAGCGCCAUAUGUACUGGGUUGCUUCGGCCCAGUCGAAUCUGUGGAAGAGUGCAGGGAAUUGUACCCAGACAAUUGUGGUACCGAUUACUUGAUCCUUGAGACAGAGGCUGGCAGCACAUGCUAUGACACCGAUUGCCCGUGUUUCUUCGCUGAUGGCACCAACUCUGACUACACGGCGGAAACCUGCCCAGUCUAAUCUAUCAAUUAUAAGCAGAAAUCAGAUGUACUGACACAAUACUCACUACGUGAAAAACAACUUUCGACUUUAAUGCAUUUUCAAUAAUAAAAAACAAUCCAAA